AUGCCGUCAUACGUUGUGACUGGAGCUAGUCGGGGAAUUGGCUACGGGUUCAUUCAGUACCUAUCCAAAGAUCCAGACAAUGUUGUAGUUGGUCUAGUCCGAGACAAAGUCGCGACAGACAAAAAGAUCCAGCAGGACGGCUUGCAAAAUGUUGCCAUCAUUCAAGCUGAUAUUACCGACCGCCAAUCUCUGAAUGUUGCCCGGGAUCUUGUCAAAAACCUAACCGGUGGCUCACUCGACUACCUGAUCAACAAUGCUGCAUACGUUUCGCACCUGACCACGGGAAAGUUUCUCGACGAGUUCGAGAGUGACCCGACGUCGUUGGACGAAGAUAUCAAGACGGCAUUCAACACAAAUGUCGUCGGGGUCAUCAACACCAUUAAUGCCUUCUUGCCCUUGAUCAAAAAGGGCCGUGUCAAGAAAGUGGUGACGCUAACUUCUGGCAUGGGCGAUCUGGAUUUCGUCAAUGACCUCGGGAUCUGGGAGUCAGCACCGUAUAGCAUGAGCAAAGCGGCGGUCAACAUCGCAGUUGCCAAGUACAGUGCCCGAUACAAGGACGAGGGCAUCUUAUUCAUUUCCAUUUCUCCCGGGGUGGUAGACACAGCUGCAGCUGCAGCGCCUGGAAUAGAAGGACUUGUUCAGAAGUUUCUGAAAGCUGCGCCCAACUUUCCCGGUCCUAUGACAGCACUUGAGUCGGUCGAACAAGUGCUGAGCGUUGUGAACUCGAAAAGCGUUGAGAACGGUGACGGGGGUGCUGUUAUGUCACACCACGGGGACAAGAACUGGUUCUGA